AUGGUGGCGGGUAGUGUUGCGGAUGCUCUCCAGAGCGCCGAGCGCAGCUGGUCCAUUAGACCGAGGAUCUCCAGAGUCUGGAUCCUCUCUUCCGAACCACCGCACCCGCCUUCCGCGUUUCGGAGCGACGCCCGUGAAUCCUGGGAUUCUACUGGGCAUUUGCAAAAGCUGACUGCCCUCUUGAACGGGAUUGCCUAG